GGGUCGUGCGUGUGUUUUUUGUGGUAGUGUAAGAGUAAGUGUUAGUGUCAGUGUUAGUAUUAGUGUCAAUGUGACCGGUGGUGGUGGUGAGCUGGUAUGAGGCGCUACGAACAAGAAGUUGUCGUUGUAGAAGCGACGAUAGCAGAAGUUGAAUUCUCACAGCGACAAAAAGUGCCACAGCCAGUGAGGCAGUCACAGUCAGUGUCACCCACGACUUUGUAGGAAGUGGACAUACAUGACAUAUGUGCAGGAGUGAAGUAGAAAAAGUACGACGGGUACAAUUUGGAUAAGAACUAGAAUUUGUGUGUUGGUUUGCGAAAGAAAGGCAACAAAUCGGAGGAAUAAAUUGUGUUACAUGUCCAACUAAUAAAAGUACUGACAGUGGAGCAAAAAAAUAUGUAUAUGUACAUAUAUAUCAGUAAUAAUAAAAAAAGUUAAUAAAUAUGUAAUCGCGUAAAAAUGAAAGACUGAAAUGUUUUGUGAAGUUAAGAAAGAACAUAAGCCUAAACUUGUAAAUUUGUAAUUUUGACCAAAAACUGAAGUUCAUCUUUAAAACAACAAAAUUUAAAAUUAGCUAAAAGGAACAUAAUUUUGAGAACGUGCAAAGAAUAUUCCGCUAAAAGUGCUUGUUCCAAGGGAUUUUAGAAACGACUCUAUUUGUUUUACGAAAAGCAUAAAAUUUGCAAAAUUCCCGAAAGCGGACAAAGCAAAACAAAUAUAAACAAUGGAACAUCUUAUGUCUGCCUUUAUGCCGCCUGCCUACCUGCUGGGCCACCCAUCCACAGCGGCGCCUGGCCCCAUGCCCGUGUCAAAUGCUGCAUCGCCCGCCACCUCGCCCAUCGCCGGCGCUUUGGCAAAGCCCAAACGUUGGGGCUCCCCUCCCGUUAAUCUCGCCGCCCAGUUCAUCAACCCCGUGACAGGUAAAAAGCGCGUGCAAUGCUCCAUUUGCCUAAAGACCUUCUGCGACAAGGGAGCGCUAAAGAUACAUUUUUCCGCUGUGCAUUUGCGUGAGAUGCACAAGUGCACCGUUGAGGGUUGCAACAUGGUGUUCAGCUCACGUCGUUCACGCAACCGCCACAGUGCCAACCCCAACCCAAAGCUGCACUCACCGCACAUACGCCGCAAGAUUUCACCACACGAUGGGCGCACGGCGCAACAGUUUCCAGUGUUUUCGUUAUCACCUGCCGGCCUAUUGCCUUCAGCUGCUUUUCCGGGUCUUAUGACACCUGCGUCCGCUGCUGCUGCGGGCUACGGUGCACACCCAGCAGCUAUGUUUGGUGAAUAUACAUCGCCUGCAAACGCCCCCAGCUUGCAGCAGCAUAUGUUAGGUAGUCAGGAGCAGAUGGGAUUAAGUAGUGGCUUCAGGCAUAGCUCAACAGGUACAGGCUCCACCUCCGCGUCCGAUGCGGAGGGUGAGGAUGAAGGCUACUUACUGGACGUACAUACCACCGUCUCCAACACAAGUCACGGUGAUAGUAAUAGUUAUGUGGACGACUACUGCCGGGAGAUCGAUGCAACCGAUGAUGAUGACGAAGCGGCACUUGAUGGCGAAGUCAAAGAUGAAGAUGAGGAGCUGAUAUCUGUAUCCAUCGACGAAGAAGCGGAGCUUAAUUUUGAACAAAUGGAGGACUCCAAUGAGCCCUUGGAUUUCAGUCUACAUAAGCGACGCAACCUAGCAGCAGAGGAGCGUUUAUCCAGUCCAAUUGCGACUGCAAAAUCCACUUGUGGUGCCGCUUGUGGUAGCCCCCGGCGUACAAUUGUCUCAAAGUCGAACGGGUUUUCUGUGGAUUACUUAUUGGGAAAACGUAAGCGGAACAGCAACGAAGUGGCCGAAGAGCGGCUCUCACCGGUGGUUGUGAAAAUGGAGCCAGACGGAGAAGCCGUUACGGACUUCACACAAGGCAUUGAUUUAACACCUCAGCUGGCACGCCAACAAAUGCCAAACACAGAUCCCUCGACGCAACGUACCACCGAGGCACAACAACUGCGCCUGUUGCAAUCUCAGAUGUUUGCAGCAGCUGCAGCCGCCGCCGCAGCACAGUCUUCCGAAGCGCCAACCUCUUUGCCAGCGGCGGACUUAGCUGGUGACAUGUCUUCACUGAUGGGGCCCGCACCAGCACCCCCCAUGUGGAACCUGCUCUCAGAGGUGUAUCGAUCGAUGCUCAUGAGCGGCGGCUUCCAGCAGCAGACACAGACACAGCCUCAAUACAACGAAAUGUCAACGAGCGCGAUUUCGGUGUAGAGUUCAGUCAGAUCAGUCAUUACCGUUGUGGCCGUCCUUCCUUGUAGUCAUCGUAAACACCGUUACCUUGUUAUGUACUAUUGUAUAUAUGUAUUUUUAGUUGUAGUCUGUUCGUGCUGUUGCUGUUAGAGUCAAUCGUUAGUCCCUUUGUGGGCCGUAUUAAUAUAUUUUCAGCUUUUAACCACUAAUCUUUUUUAUUGUAAAUAUUUAUUUUGUAUUUGUGUUAGUCGUAUUUUUGUAAAUUUAUCUUAUUUUACCUGCGAAAGUAUUCAUAUUUUUUAAACGUAAUUUUAUUCAUCUGAUUGGAUGCACUUCGAGAUGCAAUAAAAUUUCGAUAGGGAUUUUCAUUCGACAACUUUGGUGUAAUAAAUUUAUUUUAAUUAUGUAAUUUUAUAUUUAAUAUUAUAAACAUUUUUCAUAAUCAAAAUAUUCUAAAGUAUACGUUGGUCUUUAACUACUCAAGCUAACUGUAAUUGAUGUACAACGUGUUAUCGGGGACUAAAUCGAGGAUAUCCGAUUUUUAAUGAAAAUAUUUUGUAACAUAUCAUACCGUUUAUUAAGUUUAAGCUGAAGCCAAUAAGUAAAUUUAGCAAAAUGAAUAAAAAAUUAGUGAAUAAAGAGAAA